AAAAGUUUUAAGGUAGUUGGGGUAAAACGAGCAGGGUGCUAGAGGGGUAGCAACACCAUCAGGGGUUCAGGAGUGUGUAGCAGAAUCAUUGGGUGGGUUGGUGGGGCAAGGGCCCACCGGCAGGGAGACUAGUGAGCUCUCACCUGGAGAUGACAGUGUCCCAGGCAAGGGUGCUGACGGGUGUCCGAGAGAUUCUCUGUCUGAGAGGGUAGAUUCACCUGCCUUCAUGCCUGAUUAGCUGGCAGGAGUCAAUGAGCAAAGAAUAGGAUGGGGUCUGGGGUGAUAUCAGGAUUUUGGCUUGAACAACUGUGUAGAUGAGAAGCAGGAAGAAAAGCAGGUUGGAGGGAGGAGAAAUCCAUUUAAUCUGGAAUUCCCUGUGUUUACGAUGUCUGAGGGACAUGCAAGAGGACCAGGAGGCAGCAGGAUAGGGGCUUUCCAAAAUGGCCAGCACUGGCCCCCUCUUCCCAGAGACCCCUGAGGAUCAGGCGCCGCAGUCAUCCAGUGGCUCAGCCACAGGGGUCCAAAGAGAACAUUCACCUCUACCACCACCCCUUGCCUGCCAGAAAAAGGCACCAAUUCCUCUGUCACCAGGGGCCACUCUGGGGGCAAAGUCUGGUCCAGCUGUGAGAGCUGCCCCUCCUGGGACAGGCAAAUGAACUCUGCCACCUCAGAAGGAAGAUUCCAAGUGUUGGUCCCCUCAAGGUCAGAUCAACGCAGGCCCCUUCCCUGGGAGACAGGGAGCAAGGCCAAGCACCCGCUUCCCAUGACGUGACAGUUCUUUUCCUUUCUCUUCCCCAAGUUCUUCCUUACCAACCGCCUUUCCAUCCCCACUGUUAUCUUGUCUGACCUUCAGGUUCAUCUGAGGAGGUUUUAAAUGCACAGAACCAGGCCCCGCCCCUGCAGAUUCUGAUUCAUUUAGGCCUGGGGUAGUGCCCAGGAAUCUAUAUUUCUGUCAAGUUCUUGGGCAAUCCAGUUCACUCUACUGGGGAAUCCUCCACCCUUCUUCCCAGCCUCUCCCUCUUCAGGCAUCUUAUUUGGGGGAUCACAGUCUGAGAAAAGGAAAAACGUUUAUUUUUAGCAAACCCAAGAUCCCAAAUAGGGGUAGGGGCAGAAUCCCCUCUUCCACCUGAGUGCCUAGGGCCAUAGACUGCUGCUCUGGUUCAGGCUUGGGAGAAGGGGAGCCCCCAGUGGGGCAGGACAGUCACUUGUACUGAGGAGAGGUUGGGGGUGCAAGUGGGGCAGCGCAGACACUUAGCAUCUUGUUGGUGUCCACCUGAGUUGACUUGAGCAUCUCAGCCUUGAGGCAACCGCUGACGCCCAGGCUGGGCAAACCCCCAGGCUCCUCGCCAGCUUCCUCUCCCAGGGGAACCAGAGUGUAGGUGGGGGUCAUGAACAUAUUGGGGCAGGGCAAAGUGAGGCCUGAGCCCAGCUCACCUGCCGUGGGCAGCAAGGCCUACAGUUGUUCCACACCUGUCUCCUUGGGGAUGAGGGCCAGCUCCGACUCAGGCUUCACCUCAGCCUCGGCCUCCCUGUCCCCCUCCCGUGCCUGGUUCAGCUCAGGGUUGCAAUAGUUGAUGUACUGGUACAGGGGCCGCAGGCGCUGGGCCUUUCCUGCAAGGACCCGGGGCAGGGCAGGUGCUGGAGCGCCAAGCUGUGCCAUGUCAGGGGUCCAGCAGGCGGGGGAUAAAGGGAAGGCCCGGGGAAUGCCACUCACGCUCCAGUCCUAAGGUCUCUGAGGACACAGACACUGUGCUGGCCACCACAGGGAGCACUGGGGUUCCCACACUCUUGCGCUUCUUGGCUUUUUUGUGCUGUUUGGCAGACGGCAAGGGCUCACUCUGGCUACUCUCCCGCUCCUCCCUCUGCAGUGGCAUCCCCUGUGGCAGCUCAGCUUCAGCCCUAGGAUGGGCUUGGUGGCUAGGUCCUGGGAGGCUAGGGGACAAGAAGUCCUGAGGAGCCAGCCUCCAGCCUUGGCUCCUGUGCCCUGUCCUAGGGAAUAGCCCUGUCUACCUACCACCCCAGGCCCAGAUUCUUGUCCCUUUCCUGGUCAGUGAGGCCCGGGGCUGGACAGGGGCCAAGAGCUCAUGAGUUCAGCCCCUUACAAGGCUUUGAGACUCCCUCUCUGGAUGUUCCCUACAUCAGAGCUCUUGAGGGACAGAAGAGGGGAGGAGUGAUGGUGGUGACAGGGGAUAAGUAUGUACACUGCAGGAAUGCCCGAUUUAGGAAUCCUACGGAAUCCACCCCCAUUCCACCUCCCCAGCCCUUCAGCUUCUUCCCUCUGAAAGCCCCCUCACUUGACCAGCUUCCUCUUCAGACCAUGACUGGUCCUCACAAUGGAGGCCAUAGGCCUGGGGCCUUUCUCCUCUAGUGCCUGCACCUCUGGCUUGUGCCUCUCUUCCUCCAGCUUGAGUCUUUCCUCCUGGAUCUUUGGCUCUGAGACUGGCCCUGUUGGACACUUGUCUUCACCCUGGGUUUGGCAGGCUUCAUGGGCUGGCACUAGGCACUGGUCUGCCAUAACUGGACACUAGAGGUGACACAUAGGUAACUGGUCACCAUGGCCAGGCAAAGGAUACAGGGAUCAGCCAUUAGAUACCAAAUACAGAUGAAGGGCACCAGCCCAUGCCCCUCCCAGGCUGUGGAGCCUGUCCUGGCAGUUAGGGGGUCAUUGCACAGAAGCUGGUCUCCUAAAGCUCUGUGGCCAAGUGUUUGAAGGCUAGACAGCCUAAUGGUCACCUCAGAAUUCUGCGCAUGGCCACCAGGCACCUCCGUAAGCUGUGACUGUCCCAAUGCUGUUCCCUCUUGGGCCCCUGGCCGCUUCUCAGUCCCUGCUGAGGCCAUGGCUGCGGAGGAUCAGUGCAUACUCGACGGUUGCUUGGGGGACGUGGGGGGUGGGAGGUGGAGGGCGGACCCUAGACUGGUAGACCGUGAGCUGACCCCGGAGAAGGGCCGGGUUGCGAAGGGCAACUGGCAGCCGGUCUGGCCCCACCCUCAGCUGGAACUACAAGCCCCAGAAGGCUUUGCGCCAGGGGGCAUUGGCCCCUGACCUCAGGGACGGAAACCAUUGUUACCUGGCAACAGCAAAGAGGUCGGGUGGCGGCAGUGGGCGGUGAAACUGCUUGGGUGAGUACCCUGCCCGGGUGAGGAGGGGCUGCCAGCGGGGCAGGGAAGUGGGCUGAGAGCGGAGGUGGCGAGCGCAGGCCAGGGUCGGGAGGCGGGGCGAGGGCCAGGAACGCAGGCAAGGCGGCACAGCUGGGGUCAGGGCCCGGGUCCAGGGAGGAGGUACUGGGCUGAGGAAGAGGGUUCGGGGCCGGAGAUGCGUAGCCCGGCAGGCCUCGGUGCAUUGUUGCAGAAGGACGACGGCGGCAUGUGCGAGGGUCCUUCCCGCAUCUCGGGGCCCAUCCCCCCAGACCCUACGCUCUGUCCUGACUACUACCGGCGGCCGGCCUCGGCCCAAGGGCGCCUUGAGGGAAGCACGCUGAAGUUGGGCCUGCUGACUCCGGACCCCGACCUAGACGCCACCCCUCCCCGCGGACCCCGCAUCGGUCCCGGAGCCCGAGAAAUCCUGGAGCGUGGCCGGCGCGGCGUGGGUGGCGUGCUGCUGCAGCUCGGGGGUAUUUCCCUAGGCCCAGGGGCCUCUCCCAAGAGGAAGGACCCUAAAGACCAUGAGAAGGAGAACCUGAGGCGGAUCAGGGAGAUCCAGAGGCGCUUCCGUGAGCAGGAGCACAGCCGGGAGCAGGACCAGUCCAGGCCCCUGAAGGCUCUCUGGCGCUCACCCAAGUAUGACAAAGUGAAGUCCCAUGUCAAGGCCCAGCUGCAGGAGCCCAGCCCUGCCUCUGGGACAGAGCCUGCCCAUUUCCUGAGGGCACAUUCCCGUUGCGGCCCUGGGUUCCCACCACCCCGUGUCCCCAGUCCCCAGCUAACCCCACCAGGUCCCAAUGCUAAGGGCCCAGGCCCAAGUGUGGACUUCAUUACCCACAAUGCUCGCACUGCCAAGAGGGCCCCCCGGCGUCAUUCUCGCUCGCUGCAAGUCCUGGCACAGGUGCUGGAGCAGCAACGGCAGGCCCAGGAGCACUACAACGCCACACAGAAGGGUCACGUUCCCCAUUACUUGUUGGAGCGGAGGGAUCUGUGGCGGCAGGAGGCUGAGGCCCGUCAGCACAGCCAGCCGGACCCGGCCAUGCCGCCUGGCCACACUUGCAUGCCUGAGAACCAGCGGCUGGAGACACUGAGCAAUCUGCUCCAGAGUGAGCCAGAGCCAGCUGCUGCAUGAGCUGGUGCUCUUGCCUGCUGGGGCGGAUUCACUGAGAGCCCAGAGCCAUCGUGCUGAGCUGGACCGGAAGCUGAUGCAGGUAGAGGAAGCCAUCAAGAUCUUUUCCCGCCCCAAGGUCUUUGUGAAGAUGGAUGCCUGAGCCCUUUUAUGGGGAUAGAGUCAGGGGUCUCACUGAGGAUCGCUACAUGGUUAUAAAGGGCAGGACUGGGCCCCAUCAUAGAGUGGAGUUCGAAGACAGGAGCAGUGGGUGGGCAGUAUCCCCAGAGCACUCUUCCCAGUCACUGGUGGCUGUGGAAGGGCCAUCCCAGCCUCUUAACCCCUUUGUCAAAAUUAAACUUUUUGUACACAGUGGAGUUUGUUUCCAUAAGAGCUUUUCUCACCCUAGAAAUGCCAAGCCUGGUGUCCUUCCUGCUGAUUGACUACAGGAAGGUUUCUCUGCUGCCCUUAUCACUCCUCCACUCCUGCCUCAUGUCCAGGCCAGAAGGCAAGAUUGUGAGAUCAAGGAGGAGGCUAGGGCUGGGAAACAGAAGGACCAUAACUGCAUUUGUAGAAAACCUUUAAUGUUCCCCAGACUGAGAGGGCCCCAUGAGCAAGCUAAAAAACCCCACUGGGGAAGUCCCUGCCAUGUCCCAGCAGCCGGGAAGGGCAAGGGGCUGCAUCUUUGCCUGUCAGAGGCUGAAGCCACUACCAUUUCCUUGAAUGCUACUCCCCCAGCCAGAGCUGGCCUGCUCCUGAUCAUCCAGGGAGGGCAGAGAGCUGCGGGCAUCAGGAAGUAGGCGGCUUGGGCGCAGGUCCCAGCAUGGAGGCCCUUGAGACAGCCCAUUGGAACAGGGAGGCUCGCGGUUCUCAAUGAUCAGAUCGCUGCUGUCAUCGUCGCUAUCAGGCUCAGCAGGCCCAGGCCCAGCAGAAGGAGGCCCUGUCAGACGCCCAGAUGCCCCACGCACCACAUUAUUGCGCUGAUUGGCUGGCUUGACAGUGACAAUGAGGUUGUGGCUGUUCGCGACCAUCAUGUCUGUUACUUGGUCCAAGGUCUUCCCAGCUACCUCAAUGCCAUUGACCUCGAGGAUCUCAUCACUGACUGCCAGCAGCCCUGUACUCUCAGCCAGGCCCCCUCGUACCAGGCGGGAGAUGAAGAUGCCUGGAACCCGUUCCAGGCCCUGGGGAGCUACGCGCACACUCAUGCCAUCUCGGAUGUAGAAACCCAGGGGGCGGUCGGAACCAUGCUUAUGCAGCCGCACCCGUCGGUGGGUCUCAGGCAGUAGGUCCACAUCUAUGACUGAAGAAACCUGGCGGAAAUCUUGUGGCAGGCUGAUUAGCAGGGGUGGCCGCGUGCGCAGGGAUGCCACUGGCCGAAGUAGGAGCCCUUUCUUGCGCCGCUGCAGAGAGUUGGAGGCAAAGGCCAGGCCACUGGAAUCAGCUUCUGCUGCAGGAGAGGGGGACGCUGAGAUCAGAGACCCUGCUUUCCCAUUUGGGCCCUUUUCCAUCAGGCCAAGGCCUGAGGAAGGGGGCACUGUAGCUACUUCCUGCCACUUGGAGGUCAGGCCAAGGGCAGGGACUGCAGAGGGUGAAGCCUGGGCACACUGGGCAUGGACUAACCCUUCUAGACUUGCCCUGUCACCCUACCCCACAGAGGCUGCCCACUGUACCCCAUCCUCCUCACCCCGCUUCUGCACUAGCAGGCGCAGCGGCGGGGGCCCACUGGCCAGGGCCCGGUGCAGGCUGUCGUCGUUGGUGAGGGGCAGUAGGUUGCCGUGAGCAUCCGUAUAGCCAAGCAGCACGUCCAGGCCCGGGAUCUGGUGUACCACACGCAGCAACCGAGAGAACUCUUGGAAGCCGCUCACCGAAGCGCGGGGCAGCGCGAAGCGUCGG